AUCAGAGAUACCGGUAAUAGUCAGUGGUGUGGAUUAUGACUACAAGUAGUCCUACCUAACAGCGCAACACAACAACUCCACCUGACUUUUACAAAAUUUUAAAGCCGUAGCUACACCUUUGUUUUAUUUUCCUCAGUCGUACUGUAGGAUAACCUUAAAGCCAGAAGACAGACGUAUCGUUGAAGAUGUCAGUGGUGGGAUUUGACUUGGGCUUUCAAAGCUGCUAUGUAGCUGUAGCCCGAGCCGGAGGAAUCGAGACAAUCGCCAACGAGUACAGCGACAGAUGUACACCGUCAUUUGUAUCAUUUGGACCACGAAAUCGAUCAAUAGGAGCUGCUGCAAAGAGCCAGGUGGUGACCAACUGUAAGAACACAGUACAGGGCUUCAAGCGAUUCCAUGGCAGGGCUUUCUCCGACCCUUAUGUCCAGUCAACCAAGUCUAACUUGGUGUACGACUUGGCACAGAUGCCCUCUGGAUCCACUGGUAUAAAAGUGAUGUACAUGGAGGAAGAGAAGGUUUUCAGCAUCGAGCAGGUUACAGGCAUGCUGCUGACCAAACUGAAGGAGACUGCUGAAAGUGCACUGAAGAAACCAGUUGCAGACUGUGUCAUCUCGGUACCAAGCUAUUUCACUGACGCAGAGAGGAGGUCUGUCAUGGAUGCAGCUCAGAUUGCAGGCCUUAACUGUCUACGACUAAUGAAUGAGACCACUGCAGUGACUCUGGCGUAUGGAAUCUACAAGCAGGACCUGCCAGCUCCAGAAGAAAAACCCAGGAUAGUGGUGUUUGUGGACGUGGGCCACUCCGGUUACCAGGUGUCAGUUUGUGCCUUUAACAAGGGAAAGCUCAAGAUCCUGGCUACAGCAUUUGAUUCAGACCUUGGUGGGAAGGGCUUUGAUGACAUCCUGGUCAACUACUUCUGUGAGGAGUUUGGGAAGAAGUACAAACUGGAUGUGAAGUCCAAGCCCCGAGCACUGGUGCGUCUCUACCAGGAGUGUGAGAAGCUCAAGAAGCUGAUGAGCGCCAACUCCUCGGACCUGCCUCUCAACAUUGAGUGCUUCAUGAAUGACAUUGAUGUUUCCAGUAGACUUAACAGAGGUCAAUUUGAGGAGAUGUGUGCGGGGCUGCUGGCCAAAGUAGAGGGUCCCCUGCGCAGCGUCAUGGAACAAGCCAAGCUGAAAAAGGAAGACAUCUAUGCAGUGGAGAUUGUGGGCGGUGCCUCCAGAAUCCCCGCCAUCAAAGAGCGAAUCAGCAAAUUCUUCGGGAAAGAGCUGAGCACCACUCUAAACGCUGAUGAGGCUGUGGCCAGGGGCUGUGCUCUGCAGUGUGCUAUCUUGUCACCAGCUUUCAAAGUCCGAGAGUUCUCCAUUACAGAUGUUGUCCCCUACUCCAUCUCCCUAAAGUGGAAUUCAGCUGCAGAGGAAGGACUAAGUGACUGUGAGGUUUUCCCAAAGAACCAUGCAGCUCCCUUUUCAAAAGUGCUGACAUUCUACCGGAAAGAGCCCUUCACCCUUGAAGCCUACUACAACAACCCCAAGGAGCUACCGUUCCCUAACGCCGCUAUCGGCCAGUUCUUGAUUCAGAAUGUGGUUCCUCAGGUGUCAGGGGAGAGUGCCAAGGUCAAGGUGAAAGUUCGGGUCAAUGUUCAUGGUGUGUUCAGUGUAUCGAGCGCAUCGCUUGUGGAAGUUGUAAAAACAGCUGAAGGGGAGGAGCCAAUGGAGACAGACGUGAAGGAAGAGGAGAACAAAAUGCAGGUGGACCAUGAUGAUCAGAAACUGCAGGCUGGAGACAACGGAGACAAGAAAUCAGAGACUGAAGAAAUGGAGACAUCGACAGAGGAUGCCAAACAGGAAAAGAAGAAUGACCAGCCUCCUCAGGCAAAGAAGCCCAAAGUGAAAACGAAGACAGUGGAGCUGCCCAUAGAGAACAAUUUGCACUGGCAGCUGUCCAGUGAAGAACUAAAUACAUUUGUGGAGAAUGAGGGUAAGAUGAUCAUGCAGGACAAGCUGGAGAAGGAGAGAAAUGACGCAAAGAACAAUGUGGAAGAGUACGUGUACGACAUGAGGGACAAACUGCACGGUGUCCUGGAGAAGUUUGUUAAUGAAGCUGAUCGAGAUUCGUUCUCAUUGAAACUGGAGGACACAGAGAACUGGCUGUAUGAGGAUGGAGAGGACCAACAGAAACAAGUUUACAUAGACAAACUGGCUGAACUGAAGAAAAUUGGUCAGCCCAUUCAUGAGAGAUUCAUGGAGGCUGAGGAGAGACCAAAAGCAUUUGAGGAGUUUGGCAGACAGAUCCAGAUGUACAUGAAGAUCAUUGAAGCUUACAAGGCAAAGGAUGAGCUGUAUGAUCACCUGGAUGAGCUGGAGGUGACCCGGGUGGGAAAGCAGGUAAAUGAUGCCAUGGUCUGGAUGAACACCAAGAUGAACCAGCAGAACAAUCAGGACCUCACCCUGGACCCAGUGGUCAAAGUUGCAGAGAUCCAGGCAAAGGCUAAGGAGCUUUAUUCAGCCUGCAACCCAGUGGUGUCUAAACCCAAGCCCAAAGUGGAGCCUCCCAAGGAGGAGAAGACAGAGAAUGGGCCAGUCAAUGGGCAGGAGGGAACAGAGAACCAGCCAAGCAACCCAGACAAAGCAGCUUCCACGGGCACGGAACAGGAAACGGCAGAGAACAAGCUCCCUGAAAUGGACAUUGACUAACUGCUGCUGCUGCCACCCCUGAGUUUCACCUCUGUUUGUCCUGCUACUUGUCCUGAUUCUGUCCUUCUUCUGAGAUUGUUAUUGAUGACACAGAAGCGUCUCUCCUGAAGACACAGACAGCAGCAUCCCUACUAUUCAUCAGUCAGCCUCCUUGGCAUGUCAUUUCUCAUUUUCUUUGAUGAAUACAAAAAAGUUGCAUAAUAAUAUUGAAUGGACUACUUUGGCAUAAAAGUUGUGAGUGUGGGAUGGAAACUGCUUUCUCUGUGCUGCUUUGAUGGCUGUUAUGUUAAAGAUUGUUUAAUUCAGCAUUUUCUGGGCACAUUUACGUUAAGAAUGUCAGAGUUACAGAAUUGUCAGACAAUAUGGCCGUUCAAUAGAAAACUAAUAAUACCCACAGGAUUCUUGAAAAUGUAAAAUAAUGCAGUAUGUCUAAAUAAGGUUUAGAUACAGUGGCGUUGGUAAGUGAACAUGAAUUGUUCCAAGUUGUAUAUGACAAAUAGUGCUUUUUUUCCAAUACAAACAACUGUAACUGCUGGAUUAUGGUGUAUUUAGUUUAAGAGGAAGCAGGGAGUUCUUGUUGAGUUUACUUGUACUGUAUGUUCGAAACUAGAUACUACAAGUUACUGUCAUGCAGUAUUUCAUCGUUUGGCUUUUCUCAUUCAAAAGCAAUGGUCCGUUUGUUGUUCUCUGGUAGCCUUGUAUUGUUUUUUUUCUACUUAACAGUGUGACUGCUGGUCCAGCACAUCACCUUUUGGGGGAUGCUGUUGUUGCCACAUCACCGAAAAAAGCAAAAAUAAAUCUUGGCAAAAAAAAAAAAAA